UAAAUUUUGUAUUCCUCAGGUUCAGUUAAACCCAUUUAAUGGCUUGCCAUACACUACCCGGUACUAUGAACACUUUAGAAAAAGGAUUACCCUUCCUGUAUGGGAGUAUAGGGAAAAGUUUUUGGAUCUGCUGAAUACUAACCAAAUAGUGGUUUUAGUAGGAGAAACAGGAUCUGGUAAAACUACUCAGAUUCCUCAAUGGUGUGUUGAGUAUUUACGAAACAAGUUUGUAGGAAAAAAAGGAGUUGCCUGUACACAGCCAAGAAGAGUGGCAGCUAUGAGUGUUGCAGCUCGAGUUGCUGAAGAGAUGGAUGUUAUGCUGGGUCAAGAAGUUGGCUAUAGUAUACGAUUUGAAGAUUGUUCCUCUGCAAAAACAAUGUUGAAAUACAUGACUGAUGGUAUGCUGCUUCGAGAAGCCAUGAGUGAUCCUCUACUGGAAACAUACGGUGUUGUCUUAUUGGAUGAAGCUCAUGAAAGAACUCUUGCAACUGAUAUUUUAAUGGGAGUUCUUAAACAAGUUAUUACCCAACGUGCUGACUUAAAAAUAGUUGUUAUGAGUGCAACAUUGGAUGCUGGAAAAUUCCAACAUUACUUUGAUAAUGCACCCUUGAUGAAUGUACCAGGCAGAACACACCCUGUAGAGAUAUUUUACACUCCAGAGCCUGAGAGAGACUAUCUGGAGGCUGCUAUCAGAACUGUAAUACAAAUCCACAUGUGUGAAGAAUCUGAGGGAGAUGUUCUGCUCUUCCUUACUGGACAAGAAGAAAUUGAAGAGGCUUGUAAAAGGAUAAAACGAGAAGUGGAUAAUAUGGGGCCUGAAGUUGGUGAACUGAAAUGUAUACCUUUAUACUCUACUCUGCCACCCAAUCUCCAACAAAGAAUUUUUGAGCCACCACCACCUAAAAAACCAACUGGCGGUAUUGGUCGUAAAGUGGUAGUCUCUACAAACAUAGCAGAAACCUCCCUUACCAUAGAUGGUGUGGUGUUUGUGAUUGAUCCUGGUUUUGCUAAGCAGAAGGUUUAUAAUCCCCGUAUCAGAGUGGAGUCAUUAUUGGUGUCACCUAUUAGUAAAGCUAGUGCUCAACAGAGGGCUGGCAGGGCUGGUAGAACCAGACCCGGGAAGUGUUUCCGAUUGUACACAGAAAAAGCAUAUAAGACUGAGAUGCAAGAUAAUACAUACCCAGAAAUUCUUCGAUCUAACUUGGGUUCUGUUGUCUUGCAACUUAAGAAGCUUGGAAUUGAUGAUCUUGUACAUUUUGACUUUAUGGAUCCACCAGCACCAGAGACUCUAAUGAGAGCAUUAGAGUUGCUGAACUAUCUGAGUUGUCUAGAUGAUACAGGUGAUUUAACUGAGUUGGGCUCUGUUAUGGCUGAGUUUCCCCUUGAUCCCCAGCUUGGAAAGAUGCUGAUAGCAUCUUGUGAUAACAAUUGUUCCAAUGAAACCCUCUCUAUUACUGCAAUGUUAUCAGUUCCACAGUGUUUUGUACGGCCUAACGAAGCAAAGAAAGCAGCAGAUGAAGCAAAGAUGAGAUUUGCCCACAUUGAUGGAGACCACCUGACCUUGCUGAAUGUGUACCAUGCUUUUAAACAGAAUCAUGAAGAUCCACAAUGGUGUUAUGACAACUUUGUAAACUACCGCUCCCUGAAAAGUGCAGACAAUGUGAGGCAGCAGUUAUCUAGAAUCAUGGAUCGAUUCAACUUGAGACGGUCAUCGACUGACUUCACAAGCAAGGAUUAUUAUAUAAACAUUCGAAAAGCACUUGUUUCUGGUUUUUUUAUGCAGACUGCCCAUUUAGAGAGGACUGGUCAUUAUUUGACCAUGAAGGACAACCAGAUAGUUCAGCUUCAUCCAUCCACCUGCUUGGACCACAAACCUGAAUGGGUCAUCUACAAUGAAUUUGUGUUGACCACCAAAAACUAUAUUCGAACAGUUACAGACAUUAAAGCAGAGUGGUUAAUAAAGAUUGCGCCAAAUUACUAUGACAUGAGCAACUUUCCCCAGUGUGAAGCCAAGAGACAGUUGGAACUGAUUAUAGCAAAGCUAGAAUCCAAGCAGUAUCAAGAAGGGUUUUAACACAUUAGAUGUAAUGAGCCAUUAGAAACUAGUGACAUUAAUCUUUCAAGAACCCCAUACAUCAUUGGUGUAUAUUUCAGUGCUCUUAUGUUGACACUCAUUUAACACAGUUUUCUUAGCAAAAGUUCUUUAAUUAUGAAAAAAAUGUAAAUUCAAUUCAUGAAUGUUUUCAUAUCUCAGUCUAAGCUAAUAUGUUUGUUUUGCUAAAACUGGCAUUAUCUGGUGUGUGUGUGUACUGUGUGUUUAUUUUUGUCAUGCAAUAAGAUAUUGACCUUUUGUAAAGUUCUCAAAAACGUAUUGGUUUUGUUUUUCAAUAAAAACUACUUCCAUUACAGAGUGAUAGGUUUAUUUGUGCCUGACAGUGUACUUUGUUGUAACUGUUUAAAUAACUUAAAAGCUGUUAAGUUUUUAAGAUGUGUUACCCAUUGUCAUCUCCUACCUUAUUAUGUAUACUUCAUCAGUGUAGUAUUUUUCUUUAGGUUUCUUUACUACAUCUUGUAUUGUAAUAAUUAAAAAUAUAAAAAUGGCUAUCUGUUGGUGAAAAGUAGUAAUUUGUAAGAACGUCUUUAAAAAUUUUUUUAGUGAUAAUUGAGUCCUUUGAAGCUUUAAGAUUUUGAAUAGCCUGUUGUCUUAACAUAGAGUUAUGAAAUUUGAUAGAUACUGGAAAAAAAAAGCUUGCAUUUUAUGUGUAUAUUGUUAUCAAAUACAUAUUUUUACUCUUUUUUUUUUAACUUUAGUGAUGAUAGUACACAUAAAUCACAGUUCAUAUUCCUAUGGAAAGAAUUUUGUUUCUUCUCUUUUUUAAAAAAAAAAAUUAAAUCAAUUCUUAUGAAUUGGAAAAUCUGAGUUUUGUAACUUAGUGUCAAAAUUUCAAGUUAAUAUUUAUAAGUUUGUACAAAGUGAAGACUCGUUUGUAGGAAGAUGCAAAAGUUUUGUUCCUUUGAUUAUAAAUGGAAUCUGACCUUAUUUUGAAGUAGAUUAUAAAGUAUGUCAUGUUGAAUAAAGAAUUAAGCCUGUGUGUUCUGGAGA